UGUUUCCCGUUUCUCCCUCACCUUCAGGAAAAUGGCUCUGGAUCAUUUCCUGCACGACAAGGUGUGGCUGGAGAAGCACAAGUACGACGAUGCCGAGCGCAGGUUCUACGAGCGCCUCAACGGCCCCUUGGGCGGCCCCUCCCGCCCCCAGGAGAACGGAGCCAGCACCAUCCUGAGGGACAUCGCCCGGGCCCGGGAGAACAUCCAGAAAUCCCUGGAAGGGAGCGGCGGCGCCGCCGGAGACCAGAACGAGCUCCUGGCCAGGAUCUCCCACCUGGAGGUGGAAAACCAAAACCUCCGCACUGUGGUGGCAGACCUGCAGAUGGCCAUCUUCAAGCUGGAGAGCCGCCUGAACGCUCUGGAAAAAUCCUCCUCGGGCUCCCACCAGCCCUCUCCCGUCCCUCCAACCCAGAAAGUGGAGCCUUUCAGCGUUCCCUCCAAAAAAGUGGAGCUCCCGGCCAAGAAACCGGCGCCGGCCGUGGCUGCUGCUGCUGCUGCUGAUGAGGGUGACGACGAUGACGACAUCGACCUGUUCGGGAGCGACGAGGAGGAGGACGAGGAGGCCGCCAAGGUGCGGGAGGAGCGGCUCCGGCAGUACGCGGAGAAGAAGGCCAAGAAACCGGGAAUCGUGGCCAAGUCCUCCAUCCUGCUGGAUGUGAAGCCGUGGGACGACGAGACGGACAUGGGGCAGCUGGAGGAGCGCGUGCGCUCCAUCCGCAUGGACGGGCUGCUCUGGGGGGCGUCCAAGCUCGUUCCCGUGGGAUACGGCAUCCGGAAACUCCAGAUCCAGUGCGUGGUGGAGGAUGAGAAAGUGGGAACCGACAUCCUGGAGGAGGAGAUCACCAAGUUCGAGGACUACGUGCAGAGCGUGGACAUCGCCGCUUUCAACAAGAUUUAAAGUGGGAAAAAAACGGAUCCCUUUUGUUUUUUUUUUUCCCCCCACCCUCUGGAACAGGAACAAUAAAAGCUGCAGAUCGGA